CUUAUAUCUGAUAUUCGAAGAAAAUGUGUGUGGCCAGCUCCGCGCUGUGCAUCAGCCGCCUAUUUAGACAUUCUUUUCGAACAUUCUGCGCAGCUUCCACGCGAUGUGAACGCGCGCAGAGCCUUAUGGCAUGACGUAGUGUGGCUGUGCAGCUCGGGUUCAGGGGGAGAGAUAAAGCGCAGGUGAUGCGUGAAGAAGAAGAAGAGGAGGAGGAGGAGGAAGAAUUCAACUCCAUUCGUAUGUUUACCACCGCCAAUGUGGUUAUUCGAGCAGAUCCAUCACUGACCAGCAGUCGGAAUGUAAACAUCCACUCUCGAGUGAUUUCUGAAGAGCUUUAGGAUUGUCGCGUCCGGCUGCCCGCUGUAGCUAAUACCUGUAAUAUGAAGACUAUGCGGCGGUGUGUGCUGAGGGGACUUUCAGCCCACGCAUGAUGCCCCGCACCGUGUAUGUCAUGACCGAACAUGGCGGAGUUGGAUGGUGGGGAAUUCUCUGCGAAUCGUUCUCAGAGCAGCAUGGCUAACAAUAAGAACAGCUCCCUCCGCUGCACGUUCUCAGCCCCUAGUCACAGUAGCACUCUUCUGAAGGGGUUAUCUGCCCUAAGAGAACAAGGCCAGUUGCUGGAUGUGGUGCUUGCCAUCAACGAAGAACGCUUUCAGGUUCACAAAGCCGUUCUGGCCUCCUGCAGCGACUACUUUAGAGCUAUGUUCACUGGCGGCAUGAAGGAAUCAAACCAGGACACUAUUGAGUUAAAGGGUUUGUCAGCCCGUGGACUGAAGCACAUCAUUGAUUUCGCCUACAGCUCUGAAGUCACUCUAGACUUGGACUGCAUUCAGGACGUCCUUGGGGCGGCCGUCUUCCUUCAGAUGGUGCCGGUGGUGGAGCUUUGCGAGGAAUUCCUCAAAUCUGCCAUGAGCGUUGAAACGUGUCUGAACAUCGGCCAGAUGGCCACCACCUUCAGUCUAUCUUCCCUGAAGGAGUCCGUAGACGCCUUCACCUUCCGCCAUUUCCUGCAGAUCGCAGAAGAGGAGGACUUCCUUCACAUCCCGAUGGAGCGGCUGGUCUUUUUCCUGCAGAGUAACAAGCUGAGAAACUGCAGCGAGAUCGACCUGUUCCGUGCUGCCAUCCGUUGGCUGCAGCACGAUGAGUCACGUCGGGCUGGGGCCAACCAGGUGCUUCGCCAUGUCCGCUUUCCACUCAUGCGCUCCUCUGAGCUGGUGGACAGCGUCCAGACUGUGGACAUCAUGGUGGAGGACGUGCUGUGCCGGCAAUACCUACUUGAAGCCUUCAACUAUCAGAUCCUUCCUUUCCGACAGCAUGAGAUGCAGUCUCCUCGCACGAUCAUUCGCUCAGAUGUUAUAUCGCUCAUCACAUUUGGUGGCACACCUUACACCGACAAUGAUCGCACAGUUAGCAGUAAAGUGUAUUAUCUCCCUGAUGGCGCAGCACGGCAGUUCAAGGAGCUGACCGAAAUGGAGUCUGGCUGCAGCCAUGCUUGUGUGUCUAUUCUGGACAACUUUGUAUACGUAGUAGGUGGACAGCACCUGCAGUACCGUAGCGGUGAAGGUGCAGUGGAUGUUUGCUUCCGCUAUGAUCCCCACCUGAACCAGUGGUUGCGCAUCCAGUCCAUGCAGGAGAGCCGCAUCCAGUUCCAGCUCAAUGUCCUGCAGGGCCAGCUGUACGCCACUGGUGGGCGUAACAGAUCUGGAAGCUUAUCUUCUGUAGAAUGCUACUGUCCUAAAAAAAAUGAAUGGACUUAUGUAGACUCUCUAAAGAGAAGGAUAUGGGGUCAUGCAGGGACAACAUGUGGAGACAAACUCUACAUCUCUGGGGGAUAUGGGGUUUCUGUGGAGGACAAAAAGACCCUCCACUGCUACGAUCCAGUCACAGACCAGUGGGACUUCAAAUGCCCCAUGAAUGAGCCUCGGGUUCUGCAUGCUAUGAUCAGUGUAAAUGACCGUGUGUAUGCUCUGGGAGGCAGGAUGGACCAUGUGGACCGCUGCUUUGAUGUGCUAGCAGUGGAGUAUUACGUUCCAGAGACGGAUCAAUGGACAACCGUCAGUCCUAUGCGUGCAGGCCAGUCUGAGGCUGGCUGUUGCUUAUUGGACCGAAAGAUCUACGUCGUUGGUGGAUACAACUGGCAUCUGAAUAAUGUCACAAGCAUCGUUCAAGUCUAUAACACCGAGACGGACGAGUGGGAGAGGGAUCUGCACUUUCCAGAGUCUUUCGCUGGAAUUGCUUGCACUCCUAUAAUACUGCCACAGACAGUCGCUCAGCGAUGAUGGCCUAGCUAGAUGUGAGAUGAUGUGUUACAUGGGAUUGCUAAAGUUACGUCUUACAUUUAACAUUUCCUGCCUGCUUUUUCAACCAGUUGCAUUUUGGUUAUGAACUUUAUAUAGUUCUCCCUAAUGGAAUAAUCCAGGAUUUUUCAA